UCUCUUUUCUUCCUUUAGGCUUAAAGAAAAAACUAAUGAGAACCUGGGGUCAGUGAGAACAAUGAAGGAGCUUAGCAAUGUCUUUAGUGACCCAGGAGAAAUGGACAUCUGCCACGCUCCAAAGAUGCCAUCACAGCCAUGGAAUAAGUCUUCCUCAGGCCAAAUGGACAUUCCUUUCCCUGGAGAACACUCAACCUCCAAGCACCUACCUGUCAGAGCACAGAUGACGGAGUGUUAUUCCUCCUCCUCUUCUGAUACCACCUCCUCCUCAGAUGGUGAAUUUGAACCCAAACCUUCCUUACCACCAAAGGAAAGACGGACACUUAAAAGAAUAAGGAAGAUGGAGAAGGCCUCCAAGCUGUUGGCUAAGCAAGAGGAAUUCAAAAGGCUUUACAAGGCCCAGGCUAUCCAGCGUCAGUUAGAGGAGGUUGAAGAACGUCAAAGAGCCUCGGAGAUCCAGGGUGUUGAGCUGGAGAAAGCGCUGAGAGGAGAGUCAGAUUCAGGCGCACAGGAUGAGGCACGGCUCCUGCAUGAAUGGUUUAAGCUGGUCCUGGAGAAGAAUAAAUUAAUGCGAUAUGAAUCUGAGCUCUUGAUCAUGGCUCAAGAAUUAGAGUUGGAAGACCACCAAAGCAGGCUGGAGCAGAAGCUAAGAGAAAAAAUGUCCAUGGAAGAGAGUGAAAAAGAUGAAAAAGUUCGAAAUGAGGAACAGGAGAUUUUCACCAAGAUGAUGAGAGUGAUUGAACAGAGGGACAAACUGGUGGAUUCCUUGGAGGAGCAGAGAGUGAAACAAAAAGCCGAAGAUCAACACUUUGAAAAUUUCAUGUUAUCUCGAGCUUAUCAACUCAGCAGAUCGUGAAGAAGCCUGGGUGCAUGCAUCCCAAUCACUUGUGGCAGCUCAAGUAUCUUGUGGGUCAGAAAAAGAACAAGUUGCCUGAUGAAACGUGAUUGGGGAAAUUCUUCUACCGGAGCUGUAACACUGGUGGGCAACUAGGGCUAUGCCAGGGGGAGUGAAAUUUAGGGAGCACAGACUACUAGGCUUGCUGCCCUUUCGGCAACAGAGAAACAAUGAAGCUUAGCAUGCAGAGCAGCUAUACCCUAAGGGAAGCUUUUACCUGGCAC